AUGGACAUUACUCGUGUGGACUCUAGUGGAGCGGUCGCAGGUAAUGGUGACGAGGCAUUCACGCAACUUAGGCUUGGUAUUUGGGGUUACUGUGUUGACCUGUCUUCGGGCUGGACAUGUUUCAAAACUGGUCAUGGAUACUCGCUCACUUUCACGAACGCCCAGAAUGCCGAAGUUACUAUAGGUUCUUCAUGGACACGCGGUCUCGCUGUUCUUCCCGUCGCUUGCUGUGUCGCAUUUAUUGCACUUCUUCUAUCCAUUUCCCAGCACAUCACAAUUACCUUGGUGGCUUCUCUAGUGUCAUUCCUCGCGGCCCUGCUUACCCUCAUCGCAUUUGCCAUCAAUAUCGCUCUCUUUGCCUAUGUCAAGCAUGAAUUGGGUACGCUAAAUAUUAAUGAGACAACCAUCACUGGACCUGGUUUUUGGCUCACAUUUGUAUCCCUGCUUCUGCUUAUCUUGGCUGGAUGCACUGUGUGCUUUGGCCGUCGUCGUGACAGAAUGGCGGGUGCCAAUAAUAACUCAUACCAGCUGAACGGUCCCAAGACCGGGUUCCUCUCGCGCUUCGGUCGCAACUAG